CCAUAUAAAGCUGGACGCGAUAAGCAUUGCCCUUAGUUUGUAUUUUUCACUCGAACACAUAAGUAAAAUGGAGAGGUUUUUAAGAGCCUUACAAAUAUUCUGUAUUAUUUUCUUUUGCCGUGCAUUAGAAGCAAGGGAAUAUAAAUGCACGUUGAAUGAGGAUCAGAUAUGCGUUUUCCGUGGUGUACAGCUCAAAACCGAUGAUCAAAUCAUGGCUUCAUCGUUUGCUUCUAUAGGAAAACCGCCCCGAAAUGUGAAAUUUGAACAAUCAACAGUGACUUCUGUACCCUUAGGAAUGUUUCAAGCUUUUCCAAACCUUGAAGAAUACGAUGCUAGUCACAGUGGAGUAAAAACGUUACAAACUAGUUCAUUUUCCAGCGCUACAAACAUCCGAGAACUGAAUCUAACUGGCAACAAAAUUCAACAGCUAGGAAACAAUGCAUUCCAAGGGGCGAACAAGAUUACUAGCAUAGACCUGUCGCAGAAUGUUAUCAGUGAAGUGAAGGAAAAUGCAUUUGAUGGAUUGAGUCAUCUAACUGUCCUGAAUUUGAAUAGUAAUCAAAUUUCGAUACUUCCUAGCAAAGUAUUUGCGCCGUUGACAGCACUAGAAAGCAUAGAUUUGCAGUACAAUUCGCUGACCAAAAUAGAUGAUUCACAAUUUGAAACUUGCACUAACCUAGUAUCGUUGAAUGUGUCGAACAAUGCUCUACAAAAAUUUGAUCUUAAACAAUUUCUACGGGAGUGGUCGGUUGACUCCAUAGACGUCAGCUUCAAUCGGCUUAAGGUGAUAAAUAUUCCUAAAAACGUCAAGAAGUUGAUUGCAUCGAACAAUCAAAUCCAAUCUGUUCAAGUUCUAGGAAAAGAACCGCAGCUGAUAUUCCUUCGAUUGUCACAAAAUAAGCUGACUAACAUGGAUCAAGUUCCUAGCUUCAACAAGUUGGUAACCCUGGAUCUAUCAUAUAACGAGAUCGAGACCGUUGAUUUCAACUCUGUGACUAAAUUCAAAAACCUUAUGCUGCUCAAGUUAGAUGGAAAUCGGCUGACAACGUUGUCUAACUCCAUGAUCAGUCAGUGGACCUAUUUAAAAUAUCUCACGUUAUCGCACAAUGAACUGACUCAGAUUAACAUGGAUGUGCUGAAGAUGCUGCCGAAGAUUAUCAAACUGGAUUUGAGCAACAACAAGCUAACCACGGUGCAAACUAAGGAUUUCAGUGAUAUGUUUCCGGUUAUGGUGAGGUUGAUGAUUGAAGGUAACGAUUUCAAGUGCGAUGGUAUAGCUUCCCUGGUGAAGGAACUGAAAUACGCGAUGGCUGAACAUAAAGUUACUGUCGAUAAGUGCAAACGAGGUCAGCGGCUGAUGAGUGGCAUCUGUUGCUCAUGAAUUUGGCAGUUUACGUAUAGCAGUCCUUUUAUGGGGUGAUUCAACAAUUAUCUUGGAAAUGAAGAAAUGUUAUGCAAAGAUGAAUGAAGUUAAAGCAAUUAGUUUUUUUUAAUGUUAUUUCAUUAUUCGUUUUACAUCAAUAAGGUCCUCACUUAGGAAAACAGGAAAGGGAAAACUUCUAACAAUCCGAAAUAAAAAUAAGCUUCACAACUUCAACGAGUAGUUAUUAAAAAAAUGCAUGAGUCAUUUACAAAAAAAUAUUGUGGCUCCCUCAAAGCUCACAUAUACACAAGUAAAUUAUGUGGCAGCACUUUGACAAAAACAGAAAUAUUUGCUAGGAUAUAGACCUCUCAUAUGGCCAUCUUGUUAAUAGGACAUCUUUCCCGGAAUGCUAAAACAGCACAGUCACGUGCGAACGUCAAGCUUCAUCGGGCUAAUAAUGAAGAACUAACAGAUUUCUAGCAGUUGGCUAAGCAAAAGAUAAUUUACAGCUUUGGGCCAAAUAAGGGACGUGAUACGUUUUUGUGAUCCUUCAUUUCUAAAGCACAUAGUAAAACAGCACGUUGUUAUAGAAUAUUAUAAUCGCACUAUGAAAGUAGCAUAGAUAAACCCUUUAUUGAGAUACACUUCAACUGCACUUUA